UAUCACGAAAUGUGCUUUGGCAUUUCAGAGGCUGGAGAGGUUUGCCGUGUUCUGCCUUGCUGGAGCAUGGCUCACAGUGUAUCGUCGAACGAAACACUUGGAGAUGGCGAUACACCAAGAAAGUUGACCAAAGCCGAAAAGAAAGCAUUAUACAAGCCAGAGUAUCCGGAACCGCAUGCUACGAGGCGGAAGGUUUUGAAGGAUGUAUUUCUGAAUGAGAAGAACGAAGCUCUCAAGGACGAGCUUAUCACCUCAAUCUUAUAUGCUAUUUAUGAAACAGAUAGAAAUCCUUAUGACAGUAUGUUACAACUUCAUAAAAUCUGUCCUGAUUAUACCUCAGUGAAACCAAAAUCGCUGGCCGCGCUGACAGCUGCACAUCUGCGAUCUUGGAUCUACAAGCUGGAUGAUCCGCUUGCUCUUUUCGAAAGUUGCGUCACCGAAGAACUACAGAAAAACGCUUUUCGAAUAGCUACAGCGAAGCAUACAGGGAAUUUGAAGCUGUUCAAGGAGAUUUUCAGGCUUGACGACCCAUCGCUUUCUACUUUUAUCAAAGACGAAAUUCAGUCCAUGAUUGAUCGUCAUAUGUUCAAAGAAGCUAUGGAUGUAGCUGAAGAGUUUAGCCUGCAGGACUGUUACGAUCUCAAUGCAUUCGUUAUCCCAUGUCUCCUGCAGGACAAGCUGGGCGUAGUGGUAAAAUACAUGGAAUGUCAAAAGAAAAUUCAGAAAGAUUUUCUCGCUUUCUUGGACAGUUUUGUUGGUGUUUCGGAAGAAGAAGUAGCCGAUAGGUUGAGAAGCUACAAGGAGGCGAACAUAAUGACAUUGCCGUUUGAACGUUUUGCAGGCAAGACUAUCGAAAAAUUGAUAUUCAAGCUAGCUUCCGAUUUGGCUUUGCCUCUCGAACGUCAUGCCCCAAGAUUCUUCCGCGCACGGAAGGAGGGAGAACUGCGAUUCAAAGUCCAAUCACGUUUUGUUGCGCAGGAGCUCAGUGACGAUGCAUACUUUGGUCAUGUUAGCGAGGCGCUCAGAAAUGGCGAUGAAAAACUCAAAUUGUACUUCAUAAAGCACCUGACGAAUUUUGGUUACUACGAAGAUGCUGCUCGAUGGGUAGUUUACUGCAAUAUCUCGGAAAGUAACUUACCAUAUAAUCUGCAAACAUAUCUCUUGAGCCACCCGGAAGCUUUGGAUGAAGCGGAACGCAAUAUCAGGAGAAUGGAGAAGCGAGCUGAGGACGUAGGAGAAGAAGAAGCUUUGGAGUUGAUUCCUGGUUAUCCCAUAAUAUUGGUGGAUGACAAGAAAAGCUUCUGUGAACUGGUAUCCAGGUUGAAGGACCAAGAUUUUAUUGGCAUUGACUCUGAAUGGAAAGCGCAAUAUCUGUUCCCGAACGAAAGUGUGGCACUUCUGCAGAUUGCAAUCAUAGAUGGCGUUUAUUUGGUGGAUUUCUGCGCCCUUGAGAAGAAUUUGACAGAGGAUGAUUGGGAUGCGCUACUGCGUUCACUUCUCUGUAGUCAAUCGAGGAAACUGGGCUUUGAUCUUGGUAACGAUUUACGGGCUCUGUUCGCUGGUGCUCCUACUGGAAAUGUGCAAUCCAUAGCAGAUAACCUCUGUAAUGUUGUGUGCUUGAAACGUCUUGUUGAGAAUAUGCUGGAAAUCGAUCGUCACUUUUUGGAAAUAUUGGAUACCUCUACGCAUGACAACGACAAUGAUGGCGAAGAUAGCGAGCCGUCUUUGCAUUUCAAGCUGAGUGAUCUGAGCGAACGCUUACUUGGUGUCAGACUUGACAAAUCUGAGCAGUGCAGCAAUUGGUCCAUUCGUCCAUUGAGGUUAAAGCAGAAACGUUAUGCUGCCAUGGAUGCUUACAUUGUGGUUGAAUUGUAUGCAAAAAUUCGCGAGAUGGCCGAAGAGCGGGAAAUGAACUUUGAGAAUUUGGUGGAGCUCUCUAUGGUGAAUGGAAGGAAAAGAGAGAAGAGUAAGGCGAAACGAGAGCGAGUGAAGCUUGAAGACAUGACAUGGUCGGAAAUCGUUGAAAAGCUGAGUGAUGUGCAGUCAGGGACUAAGCCAUCAACACAAUUGAUGUGUAUCGUUGAUUCCAUGCUUCUUGGACUUGGCAAACAUCUGCGCCGUUGUGGAGUCAAUGUGAUGAUACCCACAGAUAGAAGCGAACUUAAGAUGAAUGCUAUGUCGAACAAAAGAUUCAUAGUGACAAGUGGGAAAGCAUAUGAUGAAUUGAGGAGAAUCUUCGCUGAUCGCGUGAUGUGUAUCACCAAUGCGGGCGCUCUGGGACCCAUUGAACAACUCAAAUGUGUGUUCACGAAACACAAAGCAACAUUUGAUGGCUUGGAUAUCUUCUCACGAUGCGUGGAGUGCAAUGGAACAUCAUUCGUGAAAGUUCCGGGUAUUGUCAUUGAAGCCUUGUUUGACAACCAUGUAACGUGCAAGAACGUCUUCCAUGAUGAGUCUUUUGAUGCCAACGCAUGGACUGAGCGAUUACGCGUUUUUGAUAACGGUUACUUUGGUGAAAUAGGGUGCAGACUUCUACCGCCAGAGGAGGGGCAUCUGGUCGUUGCAUGUCACGGUGGAAUCAUCAAUAUAACAACUAACGUUGUGCAGCACGAUGCUCUUGAGGAGGGAGUUGACAUAAUCGUAAGAAAGGUUCCUGAGCAAAUCUCUUCGCGCCCUGGUUACAUCUUCUAUAUCUGUGGAUCUUGCGGCAAGGUCUACUGGGAGGAUCGAUGAACUAGUCAAAUCACUUUUUACGGCUCUCACAGCUCCUUUUGUUACGCUUCAAUAUUUGUUAUCUUCCGGGAAAACGGGUAUCUUUUAGUAGAUGGUGCUUCUCUCCUUGGAUAGCAAUUGUUUUUCGCAUCUUGUUAUGGUUCACAUUGCUUGGCCUGACCAAUGAUAGUUUGAUUACUGUCGUGCUUUAUAAGCCACUUAUUCGUAAAAUUGUUGGUUUGUAUUUACUCUAGCUGUCACUAAACAAAAAUGUCAAAUUAGCACAUAAAAAGAAGAUAUGGCUGCGGCUAUUGACUGCCUGACCAGCAGCGAAGUUGAGCUGAC